AUGGAGGAACUCGCUCAGCUGGCGGCCGUGGUCGCCGCCCACGACCGGCGGCGGGACGGCGUGCUGAGCCUGGCCGACUUCCUGCGGGGCGGGCGCUACGUGGCCAAGGCCUUCCUGCUGGCGGCGUACGGCGCCAAGAAGAAGAAGGGCAAGAAGGCGGGGGGGGGGAAGGGCGGGAAGAAGCGCGGCGGCGGGCGGCCCGGCGUGCCGCUGCCCGUCUGCACGCUGCCGCCCCACCUGCUGCGUCGCCGCGACGAUGGCGGCCCGCCCCGCUUCCUGGUGGAGACGUCCCGGCCCGUGACGGACGCGCGGCGCUGGGACCGCGACCGGCCCCCCCGCCACCCGCUGGAGGACGACUCGGCCUGGUACGUGGACCCGCCCCCCCGCGCCUUCGUGGACAUCGGCGCGGCGGUGAAGACGGGCGACCGGGAGACCCUGGAGCGCGCCUUCAGCCGGGGGGGGGGCAUCCCCGUCGACGUCACCGACCGCUUCUACAAGACCCCCCUCAUGGUGGCCAGCGGCUGUGGCAACUACGAGGUCGCCCGCUACCUCCUGGAGCUGGGGGCGGACGUGCGGGCGGUGGACCAGUUCUUCUGGACGCCGCUGCACCACGCGGCGCACGGCGGCCACCAGGAAGUCCUGCGGCUGCUGGUGGAGGCGGGGGCGCCCCUGGACGCCGCCGCCCUCAACGGGGCCACGCCCCUCAUGAGGGCCAUCGAGAGCUCCAGGCCCGCGUGCGUCGACUUCCUGCUCCAGGCGGGGGCAAAGGUCACGGCCGAGAACAAGCGAGAGCAAAGCUGUCUGGACGUGGCGCGGACGUACGCAGACGCUCGCAUCAUGGAGCUGGUCAGGACCAAGGUGGACUCGCUGCCCCGCCCCCGGGACCCCAAGAAGGGGAAGAGGAGGGAGGUCCAGACCAGACCCAGAGCGCCGGCCGCGCUCAGAGACAAGGCUAACACCACCCAGACCCCCUCGCUGGCCCCGCCCCCGGGCGUGGCGUCGGGGGGGUCGCUGAGGGAGUCUGAUGACAUCAUCCUCUACAACACCCGGAUCACCAGCGGGAAAACCACCAGGGUGGACAUCAGCUUCACCCCCCGAACGGUGUGGGGUAAGCGGCCGACCACCAGUGAGCUGAUGGGCAGGAAGGAGCGACUCCGAGAGGCUCUCGCCUCGGGGGUCGACUUCGAAGACCUCCUCCCCCCCUUCGACGAGGACCCGGCCCAGUAGACCCAGGACCCGGCCCAGUAGACCCAGGACCCCUCCAGGUAGACCCAGUGGACCUAGGACCCGGCCCAGUAGACCCAGGACCCCGCCCAGUAGACCCGGACCCCUCCCAGUUGACCCAGGACCCCGCCCAGUAGACCCAGUGGACCUAGGACCCCUCCCAGUAGACCCAGGACCCCUCCUAGUAGACCCAGUAGACCAGGACCCCUCCCAGUAGACCCUAGUAGACCCAUGACCCGGUCCAGUAGACUCAGGACUGGCCCAGUAGACCCAGUAGACCCAGUAUACCCAGUAGACUCAGGACUGGCCCAGUAGCCCCAGUAGACCCAGUAUACCCAGUAGACUCAGGACUGGCCCAGUAUCCCCAGUAGCCCCAGUAGACCCAGUAUACCCAGUAUACCCAGUAGACUCAGGACCCGGGCAAAACCCCGGAACAGACCCUCCCACAGAGGAUCGGGACUGUGGAAUGUCCCGGCGUCCCCUCGGCUAACCCGGCUAGCUGCUUUAGCAUCUGAACUCCUCAAGCUAAGGAAAACAAUGGGUAGCCCGCUGGAAGCUAGGCGCUAGGAUGCUAAAGAAGCUAGAGAUGUUGGCCAAGAAGCCAGGCGUAGCAUAUUGACUAGCACAGCUAGCUGCCAUUCAAUCUUAAAUAAACAAUAAGUGCCUAAGCCAGCUGACUUCUAGCUAGCUCCUGGACCCCUUUUCACAGGGAUUUUAAACAAAAAUCAUUAAAAAAUAUUUUUCUAAAUGUCUGGUAGUAAUGUCACACCGAUCACAGGCUACGCUAAAAGAUUAGCUCCAUAAGGAGGAAAAUGUAUGUUUAGAUGUUGCUUUUGUACACUGCCUUUGAGACACAAAUUGUUUUAUGUUUCUGCACAAAUCUUUUAAUAAAGUCAUACAUUUAUAAAUAA